AUGGACCUCCAUGAGGCCUGCGAGAACGGCAACGAGGAGCGCGUCGUCGAGCUGCUCUUGGCGGACAACUCGGACGCGCAGCUCAAGCAGGUGGACGCGGCCGGGCGCAGUCCGCUCCACGCAGCGUGCAUCGGCGGCCAGCUCACGGUCGUCCAGCUCCUGUUGGGUCGGCGCUGCCUCGUAUUUUUUCCCGGGCGGUCCAUCGACGCCGUUCGACUGCUGCUCGAGAACGUCGGCAAGAUGAAGGACGUCGACGUGCGCAUGAAGCGCAAGGAAGAGGGCCUCGCGCCCGCGGCGCUGGUGCAGCUGCCGUCGGCGGCGACGGUCCAGGCGGCCGACCUCAUCGACGGGCGCGUGUACGUGGACCACUAUGGCAACGCGCCGAUUCAGUGCGUCGCGUGCUUUGGCUGCGGCACCGAGGUCAAGCACAUCCUCGAAGGCCUCGAGAUCACGCGGGAGCUCCUCCUCUCCGGGUGCCACGCCAACACAACCAAGACGAGCAACCACUGGACGCCAUUGCACUGGAGCUGCUUCAACGGCAACCACGAGAUGACGUCGCUUCUCCUUCGGCCGAGCAGCGCGCUCACCGUCAAGCUCGCGCCACAGCAGUUUGCGAUCCCGCUCGUGCAGUCCCAGGAAGGCCUCUUCCCCGUCGACCUCGCCGGGCGCCUCGCGCUCAAGCUCGGUGGCGAGAUGCACCGUCUGCGCCAAGGCAGUGACACGCUCGGCGCCGACGACAGCGACGACGCAAGCCACGCGUUCGAGUACCGGACGUGGCGGCUUCGGCUUGACCACGUGCGCGUCGUGCAAGUGCUCGUCGCCGACUUCAUCUACAUGGCCCCGCGCCCCCACGAGUACGCUGCGAUUUGCAACGUUCGCAGCCAGCCCUCGCACGCGGCCAAGCGGACGCUGGCCAUGUUCACCGCCAGCGACGUCCUGCGGUACGGGCAGCAUUUACUGUUUUGGUGCGCAGGACUCAACUUGCUCGACGACGUCCAGCUCCUCCUGAGCCUUCGGUUCCAAGACGUACCGGCCUCGUGCUUGAACCCGCUGUUUACGGUUAGAAUGGACGAUGGCCGCCUGCACUCGGCGCUCCACGUGGCGUGUGCGAUGGGCUUUGCAGAGAUGGUGCAAUGUCUUUUGAGCCACCUUGCGAGCGUCGGCCACGCCUUGACCACCACGGUCAAGACCGCCCACGGAAAGCGCGUCGCACCGGCCAACGACGGCGCGUCGAUGCGGCUGGCGUCCCUACGGGGGUGGACCAACGACAGGCUCGAGACACCGCUGUUUGUGGCCGUCGUGCACAACCACGUAUCAGUCGUCCAAGUGUUUUUGGACAACUUGUCGUCGGACGAGCGCGCGGCGCAAGUGCGCAUCGCCAACGUCGAGGGCGCGACGCCGCAGCACGUGGCGACCGAAAGCGUCCGCCAGCUGCUGGGAUUACCGAUUCGGUCCAUCUUUCGCUUUGAGUAUGUCCUUAUCUUUGAUCGCACUCAUGCGUCGUUCCGGAAGACGCUGGUCGAUGUGUUGGCGGAGGAGAGCUCGCGGGCGCCGUCGGCCGUCGUCACGCCCGCUGGCACGCACCGAGAUGGCAAGACAGUGCACGACGUAAUCACGGUCGGCGCCAUGGAGCUCGUCAUCGCUGAGCGCGCCGAAGAGAUGCAUCUCAAGCUACGCAAACGUGGCAGCCUCCUGCGCGAGCCAUUUGAAAUGAAAGCCAAGCAUGGGUUCGAACCGUUCAUUUCGCUCCAUCGGCAACAGGUGGUCUUGAACAUCAUCCGCAACAACGUCAACGUGGCGCGGCACGUCCGGACGCAUACGAUCCGCGACAUCUUCCCACUGCACGACAGCCGCGGCUGCCGCGUCAUCCACGAGCGCUGGCUCGCACCAAGCCGACCCCGUCUCUCGGUGACGCUCACCGAGUUUGUCACAGAAGGUCGUGGGCACAACUACAGCGCGCUGUGGGCGAUUCUGACGUAUUUCGGUGAAAAGCCCGCCUUGUAUACCGGCUGGAUGAUGUUUUACACGGCGUGGCUGCUCGCGAUCGCGCCACUGUGCUUGCUCAUCCAGUUGCUGUCGCUGGUCGGGUACGAAAGCGGAGUGUUGUAUUUGGCGAUCAUCGUCUCGCUCUGGACGACGCUCAUGGUCGAGCGCUGGAAGCGCAAGCGGUCCGAGCUGCUCUGCAACUGGGGCUUGCCGCAGACGAGCGACACGUCGGGCGUGUCGGCCGAGUACCACGGGGACUUUGUCGUCGAUAUGCGCACGAACGAGAUGGACGUGCGGUUCCCGUCGACGCUGCAGCACCUCCGCGUCGCACUCGGAACCCCGGCGCUGCUAGUGAUGGGCGCUAUCGCGAUCCUAGCGUUUGUGCUCUCGCGCUUGGCCAACAACGUCGACGCAUGGAAGCCAUAUGCCCUCGGCAUCUCGUCGCUGUAUGCGAUUCUGAUGCUAGUUCUCGACUGGGCGUACACGCAUGUUGCGUAUAUGCUAACGCGCUGGGAGAACCACCGCACAGUGUGCGGCUACGAAGCGAUGCUUGCGAUGAAGUUGUUUUGGUUCAAAUUUCUCAACGCCUUCAUCUCGCUCUUUGCCUUGGCGUUUGUCGAUCAGGACUUUUCCGCCCUCCGCAUGCAGCUACUCACGAUCCUCGUCGUCCGACAGCUCAAGAACCUCGGUGUCAACUAUGUGCUGCCACUCCUCCAUGUACGCUACCUCUGGCGCCGCCACGGCUACGUCCAAGCCACCGACUUUUUCACGUAUACCAAUCCUGAAGACAACGGUGCUAUUCCGACCCCGGAUGCCAUCGACGCCAACGAAAGCGAAGACGAAAAAACUGUGCCAAGCGGUAUCGCCAUGCAAGCGCUCAUGUACCCGAGCGACCUCCUCCUCAACAAGCAGAUUGAUUUGAUGAUGCAGUUUGGCUACAUCACGAUGUUUGUGACCGUCUUUCCCGCGGGCCCGUUCCUCGCCGCGAUCAACAACGUCCUCGAAGUGCACUUGGACGUUCGGUGCAGCCUCGAGGCGAAGCGCCGGCCGUUCUACGACUGCGACGUUGAAGUCACGACGUUCAUGUCGAUCCUCGAGUUUAUGAGCUUUGCGGCCGUGACGGUCAACUGCGGCCUCCUCUUCCUCGGGACCGACCUCGACGUGUACAUUGCGGCGUACUGGGCUCCCUCGACGCUGCUCAAGAAGGUCGCGAUCAUCCUAGUGCUCGAGCACUUUCUAUUGGGACUCAAAGCGACGCUCGUGCUCAUGAUCUCCGACAUGCCCAGCUGGGUCGACCAGUACUACACGGACUUGGACCGGUCCGAUGCGAGCCUUGAUGCCUCGAUCGCGACAGCGUCCAGAGACCUCUUGGCAUCGACACCAAGCACCGUGCGGGAUGCUACCGACAUUGACGAUCGCGCGAGCUCGGCGAGCUCGUCGACGACGACGCAGAGCACGCAGACGACGACCGUUCUGCCGCCCAUCGAACGCGCCAAAUCGCCGCUGCAUGCGUCGACCAAGUGCUUACAUAGUGACGUUGCGACUACGGUCGUACUGCCGUUGCGUGAGCCACUGCAGUUGGCAGCACCAACGGUAUCACUGGAUGACGCAUCGCACGUCUGCGCUGUUUGCGAAGUCGUGGCGAUGACGCCGUCCCCCGCGAUCGUCAAGUGCAUCGAGUGCAAGAUCGAGCUCUGCGCGACGUGCGACCGCGUGCUCCAUCAACGGCAGCUGCCCGGCCUUCCUGGUACCCACGUGCGGGUGCCGCUGUCGGACCAAGCUCCUGGCGACGAGUUUACGCGGCGCCUCCUCGACGUCCAGCAAGCCUUGGCCAUGCCGACUGUCGACAGCGCAUCGAUGGCGCCGACGACGACCGAGACAAGCGUAGCGUCCCGUCGCUUCCGAGGCCAUCCCGAUGUACUGCAAACGUACUGGGCGAAUAAAGCGCAGGACACUAGUUGA